AUGAGCCGAUAUCCUUCUUCGACAACACCCAGCAUCCAGCAACAUACUCCCCCGGGGACAGCCAAGAUGUACUGGGGCACUCCAUAUGAUAUGGGGACGGCGCCUUCGAGCCAAGCAGCUUCGCCGCUGACCAUGCAGCCGCCUACCACUGAUGGUCAGUUCGAGAUGGGCUACAUUCUUUCCGAGUCGUCACAGAGCCACCACCACCACCACAAGGAGGAUAUCCCUGAGCCGCCGGAGCCUUACUUCGGAUCCUUUGGGGUCUCCUCGACCGAACCAGAGCAGGUCACUGCGCCGGCGCAACAGAUGCAUCACCACCCUUACUACCUACCCCAUAACAUGGGGCAACAGCAGCAACACAUGAACACAACACUAGCGCCAAGCAUACUCGCUGUCAAGCCCGAACAGGAGAUGGACAUGGAUAUGCAGCACCACAACAUGCAUCGCCACAUCAUGCCGUCCCCCGACGCACCAAGCCUCAACCAGACGCAACUGAACCACUAUCGAUCGCCGCAAUACAGAAGCCCGAGCAACGAAGACUUGCGCAUGAUACACAAUGGGGGCUACACGCUACCACCUAACACGAGCGGAACCCAAGUAAGGCGGGGUCAGCCGGCCCCUCCCCGUGUUGCGAAACGAACUCGCAUACGAGGUCGUCAGCCGCCGCACUCGACCGGCGGACGGGAAGGAACAAGGGAGAAGGACGCUUCUCGGAGCAUCGCCUUCCCCCCUAGCCACGGCAACUCUGAGCCUUUGGAUUUCAAGGAAGGCAUGCCUGACACGGACAAGUUUCUUUUCGAGCUGCGCGCCAAAUACAGCGACAACAAGGGUAAGGGGAUGUGGGACCCCAUUACACGGGAAUACAACGAGAGAUUCAAGACGCAGUUUGAUCGGGCCGCGCUCCAAAUGAAAGUCUCAAGAGCAAAGUCCAAGUGGAUACAGUGGCAUGAAAAGGAUGACACGAUUCUUGUGGAAGCGGCCAGACAAGUCGAACAACAGUACUAUCGACAGGUGCACCUGAAAUUUAAAGAACUUGGAGGCAAUCCUCAAGCAGACUUUAAUGUUGGCAAUAUUGAGAUGCGCAUGGUCGAGCUUGGCCUCUCACACGUUUGGAUGGACGCCUGGAAAGGGGACGUCAAGUUGAGCACCCGCCGAAGGCGCAAACUUAACGAGCGCCAACGCAGCACAGCGACUCCACGCGACGACGACCGCGGACGUCAACAACUACCCUCAGCUACUCCUUCCUCUUUUAUUCACGAUUACUCGGUUCGAGACGACUUGCCAAACAGCGCGAGCUCCUUUGCUACCAUUGACCUCAGCCCUGGAGAACGCGAGCAGGUGCUCAAUGAUAUCGACACGCGAGCAUAUAAAGUGGAGGCCGAGUCACCCCAAACUUUUGAUACCGACGACGAUUCAAUGGGCAUGGGACAGUCCGCUGAAAUCCAACAGGGCCGACGAGCCGCGAAGCAGGCAUGCGGCGACAUGAUUUGCAACAGCGGUGGUAACAGCAGGGCGCCCACAGGCUCGCCACAGAGUCGUGGUGGCAGAGGGAUGCGUGCCUAA